AUGGGCCGGGCCAGCACUGCAAUCAAGAAGGCAUUCAAAUUGAGCAACUUCAAAGGGACUGCGAUGUACCAGUUGGGAUCUGUGCGACGAAUCGCUGGAGCCAUUGAGUCAAUGCUGGAGCGGAAGCCCAAAGAGGUGGAAGAGAGCCCCAUUUGCAGCUCGAGCUUGUCCAUGGCACAGCUCCCACGCCGGACUCAGUGCAGUUCCACAUCUUUCUGCUCGCUUUGCAUCCAGGGCAUCAGUGUCUUUUGCAUGAACUUCCUCUUUCAAAGCCAGGCGUGGUCCCCCAUUUGGUGGGCAGCAUGGUUCAUCUACGAGUACUAUGGGAGAAACGCUCUAUUUGUAUACUUACCCAUUGCUGCGGCCUUGGAUAUUGUCAUGAUGUUUAGCUUUGUGGUGCUCCUGAAAUGGCUCAUCCUCGGACGUGUGAAGCCAGGCAAGAUUGAGCUUUGGUCUGGAGAGUACUACCGCUGGUGGUUCGUGAACACCUUGUUGAAACACUCGCUGGAUCAAGCGCUGCCACUGAUCGCAGAUACCUCUGUGGCAAAUUGCCUACUCCGCGCGCUGGGAGCGAAGAUUGGUAAAGGAGCCAAGAUCAGUGUUUUUGCACUUCAUGACCCCGACCUUUUGGAGGUGGGCGCUUAUGCAACCAUUGGAAAGCGUGCAAAGCUGGCCACUUCAAGCGUGCUUCAUGGACAAGUGCAUUUGAGCUAUAUUCGAAUAGGUGAAGGGGCGGCUGUAGGGCCCACCGCUGUCUUAUCACAAGACACAGUGGUACCUGAUCGGAAGGCAGUGGUGCCGCUGUCCACCAUGCCAGGCUGGCACGGCCCCGUGGGGUCCGUGGCCUUCCAUGAUGCCCAGCCGGCCCGAGCCUCCGAACAAUUUCAUCGGAGGCAAAACCUUUUGCGCAUUGUGUUUGGCCUGCCUGCUGUAUUGAUGGCGGAGGUCCUCCCGUACUACGCGACCUAUUUUGUCCUAGUGUGGACCUACGAUGGUCUAUAUGAUGACAACCCUCUCACUGCCUUUACCAUAUGGAGUGUUCUGCUCUCUUGGAUCUAUGCUCAUCCGAUGUGGUUCUUCCGCAUGGUCGUCGUGAUUCUGCAAAAGUGGUUCCUCAUAGGCGACUUCCGAAAGCAGAAGAAUGAUGAGCUGAGCCACUGGAAAGAGUGGAAACAUUGGGUCCAUGGCCGCGCUGUGGAGUCACAUGACUUUGAGGAGCUUUGCGAACUCUUUACCAACACGGAGUUCCUCUCGUACAUCUAUCGGGCCUUGGGCACCAAGAUCGGACGACGGGUGCAGAUCGAUCAGCUACAUUUCAUUGAAAACGACUGCGUGAACAUUGAUGAUUACGUGGUCUUUGGCAGUGAAGUCAUGCUGUGCACAGACAUGCACGCACCCUGGGUUCCGCUGGAGUACAGCAGAAAAAUGGAUAAGAAGCGAGGACCAAAGCAGCGCUUUGCAGACAUCAAAAUCUGCAAUGCAGCGAACGUCCUAGACCACUGCACACUCCUUCCUGGUGUCACAGUUGCAGAGCGAGCGGUGCUGGGGACCUGUACCUUGGCUCCGGCGGGUAGUUAUUAUCCUCCCCUGGCCAUCCAUUCGGGAAGCCAGCGAGGCCGCUCCAUGCAUUUGCGGGACUACUUCGCCUCUCCCGCCAUGCGGGAACUCGAGGACAAGACCAUGCAAGACUUAGACAAUCCACUCACAUGGUGGAGGUUCAACUUUGUCAUCAUAAUGACGAUCUUGUUGGCCACACCGAUCCCGGAAGCCGCCUGGGUGGCCACAUACUUUGGCGUGACGUCCGUUUGGGACUUCGAAAGUGAUGGUGUGCUCAGCUUGCUGAUUUUCACUCCAUUUGUUUACAAUUUCAUCGAGCUUGUUUUGCUUUUGAUGAAUAUAGCGCUCAAGUGGCUUGUCAUCGGCAAGUACAAGGCUGGAGAAUAUAAGUUCUUCGGUUCCUAUCACACGCGCUGGAUGAUCAUGAUGAUUUGCGGCACAGGAAUCAGCGCGCUUCAAGACUGCCUCCGUGGCACCGUCUUUGAGGUUUGGGUGGCUCGAGCCUGCGGCGCACGAGUCGGAAAGGACUGCUACCUAAGUGGCCUCAUCGUCGAAUACGACCUGCUAAGUAUAGGUGACCACGUCGCGAUUGGUUCCGGGUGCGACACCACUGGGCACACUGUGGAGAACAUGGUCAUCAAGCUCGCACCCACCAGGAUUGGAGAUGGCGCAGCACUCCUUCCAGGAUCCUUUGCAAUGCCUGGCUCUGUCAUCGAGGAUGAGGCGGUGCUCAUGGAGCACACGCAGGUACUAAAAGGAGAAACCGUACCUUCAAGAGAGGUCUGGGCAGGGAUGCCGGCUUCUGGCUGCAAUCCAGUCCCGAAGUGA